UUGACCAUUAUAUUGACCCAAUACAUAGGAAACUAUAAAGGAAAUAAUUCUUGCGAAACAAACCUAUCCUAAAAUAAGAGAAUCAGAAUAUAGAAAAUGACCGUAGUUGGUGUGAAACUGUGAAUCAUCCAUUAAUAAAGCUACCGUACAAGCAGGCCCCGAAGAGACGAUCCUUCAAUAACAUACAGGAACUGUGGAAGAAAGCUUAAAAAAUGAAUAUAAUACUAAGAGCACACUUCUCUACUGUGUUAUUGUUCUUCUUAUCUGUAAUCAAUGUCUCUGUGCGGGACGUAGAUGCCCAAAGCUUGCCUCCUGCAAGGUACGAUGGGUUCCCGUACCAGAAACAGCUAGAUGAUUCGAACACCAUCCUGAUUGAAGCCUUCUAUGAUCCUGUCUGUCCCGAUAGCAGAGAUUCCUGGCCUCCUCUCAAGCAAGCACUUCACUUUUACGGCUCAAGGACCUCGCUUGUUGUUCACCUCCUCCCUCUGCCAUACCAUGACAAUGCAUUUGUUGCUUCCCGCACAUUGCAUAUUGCAAAUGAGCUGAACACGUCUUCCACUUUCCCCUUGUUAGAGCGGUUCUACAAGCAUCAGGAGAGGUUUUAUAAUGCUCAAACACACAACAAAUCAAGAGCUACUGUUGUAAAAGAAAUAGUGAAAUUUGCAUCUGCAGCAGUUGGAAAUUCCUAUUGUUCAGCAAUUGAAUCUGGUCUUAAUGACAGACAAACUGAUCUCAAAACAAGGGUUUCCUUCAAGUAUAGUGCUUCGAGAGGGGUGUUUGGCACUCCUACUUUCUUUGUUAAUGGAUUUGCAUUGCCUGAUGCUGGGUCUACCGUAGAUUAUUUGGGUUGGAGAAAGAUCAUCGAUCCACUGGUUAAAGCAAAUGUUGGCAAAAGCAAGGAUCAGUUGCAUUUCUUUUUAUGAAGAGCUUGGCUUGUGAGAUCGAAAUAUAGUUAAAUAUUGCUCUGGAACUACUGAUUCUGGCAUUGUGGAUACUGAGGAGACUGCGCUAAGCAACUCUGGAUGCUGGCAUUUCAUUUUCUCCUGUUGUUUAUAUGUGUUAAUAAUGGUGUGAUUGAGAUUUGCUAGCAAAUAUGAUGUUUAUAUAUUCAAUUUUAAGAUAAAUGACUCAUAUAUACACCUAUAGUUAUGUUCAUUAAA